CCUGGUCUCUGGCAGCUGGAGUCUGAAGUUGGACUCUCACAGCAGAGGGGAAUGCAGACGUUAUUCCUUGUGUUAGAUAACGUCUGUGAUCAUCCUCUUGGCCUCAUCUCUGGAACUGUGAAAGAUGAACACAUUACAGCAUCUGACUCUAGAGACUUUUGAAGGAAACAGCGAAGCUUAUGACAGAAAGGAGAAUAUAUUUUUCCCACCUCUGAUUGCACGAUAUGUGAGUCUGCAUCCUUUACAUUCUUACAACUACCCAACUGUCUGUUUGGAGUACUACGGUUGUGAGCUUGACGGUUGCUCUGUGCCAUUGGGAAUGGAAAGUGGCCUCAUUAAAGAUGCUCAAAUCACUGCCAGUUCUUUGGCCUUCAGUUGGUACCCUGGACAGUGGCAUCCUUGGUAUGCACGCUUAAAUAAACAUGGGACCAUCAAUGCAUGGAAAGCCAAGGUAGCUAAGAUAUACCUCAUAAAUGAAACCUUUAAAGUUUGUCAACAUGUCUGUCCAGACUUGGGUACCCAGCAGCCUCCCAUAAUGAACAGCUCUAAGAAUGGGACAGUGGUGGCCAACUCCACUAACGGCCUGGACGACGACGGGCUCGUGGUCCUGGAGUCUGUCUCUAUCAUCAUCAUAGCCAUAUUGGCGUGUCUGUGUAAUCUGGUCAUUGUGGUGACGCUAUAUAAGAAGCCCUACUUACUGACACCCAGUAACAAGUUUGUCUUCAGCCUGACUUUGUCCAAUUUGCUGCUGUCUGUCCUAACGCUGCCCUUCGUUGCGGCCAGCUCGGUGCGUCGGGAUUGGAUGUUUGGAGUGGUGUGGUGUAACUUCACAGCACUGCUCCAUUUACUCGUCAGCUCAUCCAGCAUGCUUACACUUGGAGCCAUUGCCAUUGACAGGUACUAUGCUGUUUUAUAUCCCAUGAUCUACCCCAUGAAAAUCACGGGAAACCGAGCUGUGCUCGCCAUUGUUUACGCGUGGCUCCACUCCCUGGUCGGAUGCCUGCCGCCGCUUUUCAGUUGGUCCGCGUUCGAGUUUGACCGCUUCAAGUGGACCUGCACAGUGGCUUGGCACAAGGAGAUCAGCUAUACUGCCUUCUGGGUUACGUGGUGCUGCCUUCUGCCACUGGCAGCCAUGCUGGUCUGCUAUGGCGUUAUCUUUCGUGUGGCCCGCAUCAAAGCUCGGAAGGUUUACUGUGGUAGUGUGGUGGUGGCUCAGGAGGAGUCCAGUUCUCAGAAGAACGGCCGCAAGAACUCUAAUACUUCCACAUCUUCUAGUGGAAGCCGCAAGAGCCUGGUGUACUCUGGGAGCCAAUGCAAGGCCUUCGUCACCAUUCUGGUGGUGCUGGGGACGUUUCUGACCACUUGGGGUCCAUAUGUGGUAGUUAUCAGCACUGAAGCACUGUGGGGUAAAGACAGUGUUUCUUCACAGAUGGAGACGCUGGUCUCCUGGCUGUCCUUCACCAGUGCCGUGUGUCAUCCGCUUAUUUAUGGGCUGUGGAACAAGACAGUACGUAAGGAGUUGUUGGGCAUGUGCUUUGGUGACCGCUACUACAGAGAGUCUUUUGUUAUACGGCACCGGACCUCUCGUCUCUUCAGCAUCUCUAACCGGAUAACGGAUUUGGGAAUGUCUCCUCACUUGACGGCCAUGUUAGUGGGCGGUGGGCAGCUCCUGGGCCGUGGCAGCAGCACUGGAGACACUGGCUUCAGCUACACCCAGGACUCAGCUACAGACGUCAUGCUGUUGGACAGCUACAACUCAGAGCCCUCCCACUCAGCUGCCAAUAAAAGAAGAAGUUCUGUCACAUUCGAAGACCAAAUGGAUCAGAUUCCUAAAGGUGACCCCUCAGUAGUCCAAGUGACAGCAGACAUCCACAAGUCUUUGGACAGCUUUGCGUCCUCUCUGGCUAAGGCUAUAGAGAACGAUGCCAAGCUUCAACUCUUUGGGGAAUGGACUCAAAUUCCAACAAGUCUGUUCACAGUACGAAACACACAGAGAGCUCCCCGUUACCUGGAUGGACAGAGACUCAGGAUGGAAAGCAUCGAUGAAGGAAUAGUUAAAGAUGAUGAUGAAGAGCGUAAGGAAAAAAUAGCUAGCAACUGCUGCUACUUGCCUUGGAGAGACCAAAGACCUACAAUGAUGGCUGUACCUGCAAGGCAUCAGGUACUAGAAGCCCUACUGUCACUCAUCAGAAGAAGUUAUGUUUUUGUAACAUAAAAGUUAUUGUAAAGUCAUGUACAGCCGUCGUAUAUUUGUCAGGUAUUUCGCCUGUGUUGGGUACUGUGUGUCUUAUGUUUACUCUUUUCUUAGAAGGAAACUGUUAACCACUCCAUUUUAUACAUACUGACAGUUUGUAAGAAUGAUUAUCCUAGAGCUCUCCUCUCCACCGUUUUAAGUUCAGGUCUAUUAAUAUAUUAAAUUAUUUUAAGUGCCACAAGGUUCAAAGAAAAUAUACCAAAUGUCUAGGGGGUUAUAUUGACGUGGACAAAAGAAAUAACCUUUCAGGCCCUUACGCAUUAUAAAAUAUUUCUUCAGGCAUUGAAUUAACAUCAGAGAAUCAUGUAGAGGGAGAGAGAUACUGGGCAUAAUAAAAGGUAGAAUACCCUUAUACCCUGUUUUAUCCAUAGUUUUUGGUGGAAAAUCUGAUUAAAAUGUUUUGACUGAAUGUAAUGGUGCGAGAAAGCAUCUGCAAUGCCAAUACUGAAGUCAUUGGUACAAUGGCACUUGAAGAUUUUUGUUACAUUUGAUCAGUGACUUCUCACAUCUGUGUUUUUGUUUUUACUAUUUUGGUUAGUGUACUCAGUAAGGAUUAAUCAUUCCUGUGGAAUCUUCUUUUUUUGCAUUAUGCCAGUCAGUUAUAUACCAAUAUUAAUAGGCUUCUUUGUCAAUGGCUGCAUUAUUUGUUUGCAAACCACAGCACAUGUUUUUUUUUUUGUUUGUUUUUUUGUACUGUUAAUACAUGUUUUAUGGGUACUCAAGCUUUCAGUCAUGUUUUGUUUGAAUCACAACACAUUUAAUGUUUAAACUGUCCUCUGGUACAUGGUUUGAAAAGGAACCGGAACUCAAUCUGAAUUUCAGGAGAUGGCUUGCAUUCCUUAACAGUGCUGAAUGAGUUUAGCAUAGAAUGGCAUGCUAAUAGACGAGGAGAUAUUUCAUCUUAGCUUUUCCCAGCGAUCACUAGUCACUUAGCAGAAUGCUCAAGCCAACAGCUGCCACAACAAAGGCCAUCUGUGCUGUUAGGAGAGAGAAACACGACCUGUCAACUAACGCUAGAACCAUUUGGCUAGACAGCAGUGGGUUUUAUGUAUAGACGGAGUCAAAAACAGUUCUCAUUUUAAUAAACUUUUAUAAACAUUCUGCAGUGUAACAAUGUGUAUUGGCUGUUUUGGAUAAUGAAAUAUUGCAAGUAGUACCUGUAAAUUGGGGUUAGGCAGAAGAUCCCUCUGCAACGCAAGAUUUAGUAAUGACAAAAAA